UAAAAAAAAAACAUAAUUAGAAACUUACGCAUGCACCUUAAUCCUCAUUUGUACUACAUCUCUCUCUCUUCUCUGCUUUGGCUUUUUGGUUGGUCUAGGGUUUUUGAUCAUCAUCUCUCAGGUGAAUAGGUCUUUGGUAUAAUCCCAUCUCAAAAUGUCUGCGAAUUCCAAGUUGGAGAGGUCUGCUUCUCAAUCGGCCGAUAAUACGGUGGCUGUCUCUAACCGUGUUGUGGCGUCACGGUCUAGUCGCCAGCCGCGGCUCUCUUUCUCCACCUUUGUUCAGUCGUCCGACAACGAUUACCCUAAGAAGAUGAAAUCCGAUGAGGUUUCUCCGAAGAGAGAGGAAGCUCCGGUGUCGGCGAAGGAGAGAGACGAAGCGGAGGAGGAGGAGGAGGAGGAGGAGGAGGAGGAAGAGAAGAGGCCUUGGAAUCUUCGACCUAGGAAGGCUUGUGGUGGUGGUGGUUUGAAGAAGGGAAACGGCGUACUCGCGGCGGAGGCAUGCGGCGGCGGAGGAGGUGCUUCGGAGGUGAAGAAUCAGAAAUCAGGCGGAGGAAUGGAGCCGAAAUCAAACAGGCAGAGAGGGAUCCCGGCGGAAUCACCCGGAUUAGGCGGUGGUGAGGUUGCGAACGAGAAUCACAGGCUUUGGGUUGCUCUGUCUAGAGACGAGAUCGAAGAGGAUUUGUUCAGCAUGUGUGGGAACAGGCCAUCUCGCCGGCCACGGAAGAGGACUAAAACGAUGCAGAAGUAUCUCGAUGUCAUUUUCCCUGGAUUGUGUCUCGUUGGGAUGAAUGCUGAUUGCUUCAAAGUUUCCAAUUCUCCGGUUAAGCGAUGAUCGAUGCAUAGUAGUCUUUUGGUGAAAGAAAAGAAGGGUAGAUAGGUAUGCUGGUGAUCGAGAAUCCAGGAUACACCACAGUAUAGGAUAGGAAGAAGAUAUUUCAAAUCUCAAGAGUCUCAUAACAAACUUAGUAGUAACAAAAAUAUAAGUAAAUAUCGGUAAGGUUCAUAUAUCUACAGAUAUAAAUCUAUAUAUAUAAAGAGAGAGAGCGAGAAGGGUUUGUUUUUGAGUUACUGAUGAUGGAAUGCAGAAAAAUCGGGUAGUAAGAUGCGUUGAACUUUUAAUAUUCUGGCAGAGCAAAACAACAUAUCUAUGUUGAAAAAAAGGAGUUUCUUAAACCAUUUAUAACUCCGAUUAGCACAGCAAAUGAUUUAUUAAACUAUUUAUAAGUCUGUGAAAAAUGUAUUACGGUUUCUAAGAGGUUUAAAGGAAAAUAAACCCUGCAGUUUGCAGGGUUAUAUGUA